AUGGGUAUCUUCUCUGAACUCAACCUCCCUGCUGGUGUUAUUACUGGUGAAAACGUUUUCAAACUGUUUGAGUAUGCCAAAAAAAAUGGUUUCGCUAUUCCAGCGGUGAAUUGUACUUCCUCUUCAACUAUUAACGCUACUUUGGAAGCUGCUCGCGAUAUUAAAGCACCAAUUAUUAUCCAACUUUCUCAAGGUGGCUCUGCUUUCUACGCGGGUAAAGGUUUGAGCAAUGAUGGUCAGCGUGCUAGCAUUAUUGGUGCUAUCUCUGCUGCACAUCAUAUCAGGACGAUCGCAAAAGAUUAUGGAAUUCCCGUCGUGCUACAUUCUGAUCAUUGUGCUGAAAAGCUUUUGCCAUGGUUUGACGGAAUGUUGGAAGCUGAUAUCGAGUAUUUUAAACAACACGGUGAACCUCUCUUUAGUUCUCACAUGCUUGAUCUUUCUGAACUCUCAAAGGAAAAAAACAUUUCUACUUGUAAAGAAUAUUUAAAAAAAAUGGCCGAGAUCAAUCUUUUCCUUGAAAUGGAAAUUGGUAUUACUGGUGGAGAAGAGGAUGGCGUUGACAACACUGAUGUUCAUAAUUCAUCUUUAUACACACAACCUGAGGACAUCUGGGAUGUGUACAGAGAGCUGAGCAAGAUCAGUAAAAUGUUUACUAUUGCCGCUGCUUUUGGAAACGUACAUGGUGUUUAUAAACCUGGAAACGUAAAAUUGUCUCCAGGUUUGUUGAAAGAACAUCAAGAGCAUGUGCGCGCGAAAUUAAACUGUAAGGAUGAUAAACCCGUGUUUUUCGUAUUUCAUGGUGGUAGUGGAUCUGUUAAAGCCGAGAUCAAGGAAGCUGUAAGUUAUGGUGUUAUCAAGAUGAAUGUUGAUACAGAUACUCAAUGGGCUUACUGGGAUGGGUUGAAGUGUUAUCACGAAA